AUGCAGUCUUUUCGGGCAAACAAACGGGAUGUUGAAAACAUCUUGCACGAUUUUAGUACUUUUCUUCGUCAGUUUCAAGGAUCCAAUGGUUUGCGAUGUUUCCUUGAUCAAGGAAAACUUUCACUUUUGUCUGCAAUAGGUGAGUUUAAACAAAGCAGUGAUGAGAUCUAUGAUAGACGUAUGAAAGUACUUUCGCAAACCCGUGUUUCUUUAAUGAAACUUUCUGAUCAUUUUGAUGCCGUUGGAAACGCUAUUGAAACUCUUUUCGCUCAACUUGAUGGCCUAUUAUCAGAAUUGCAUAAUUUUAAGGAAAUUUGUGAAAAUCAUUUGGAAAUGGCAACUGAAACAUUUUCUGAGCAGGCCGAAUUUAUUUCUAUUAACUCGCUGAAAGUCAAAUUACGUGCUUUGAGCCAAGAAUUAACCAGUAGUAUUAGGACCAAUUGCUGUGGUAUUCAGUCUUCUUCUAUUGAACAACUUGACAAAGCCUAUUUGGAUGUAAAAUGUGAAGUUUCUAGAACUCAAACAGCCUUUGAUGUUUGGAGAAGGGAUGCAGAAGUAUGUGAAUCUAAACUUUUGAAAUCUCGUUCUGGUAGUUCUCACGACCAAGUGAGGGAGUUGGAGUUUAAACUCCGUCGGUUGCUAGAACGCUUGCAUGAAAGCGGCGAUAAAUACCACGAGGCUUUACAGGGUAGCAUGAACAAGACUUCCUUUCUCUUGGAACAGGUUUCCAUGGCGACAUGGGCCGCAUGUAAUGUGUUUUUUUUGCAUUUGAGCGUAUUUUUCAAAGAUGCGAUGAAUGUAUUUGAAUUGGUUGCUAGUGCUUUAUCCUCAGUAAAAAAUAACCGAAGUGUUUCCAGGCGGAUAAAUCUGGAGAAACAGGCCGCCGCUGCUGCUGCUACUGUUGCCACCGCCUCUUCUUUAUGUACCACCACAGCCUUACCGCGUUUAGUCGAGGAGAAAACUGCCCCAUCUACGUCACCGACUCAUGAACUUGAGUAUCUGUUUUCUGCUCAACUAGGUGAGGGCUCUGUAUCACACAUUAAUCUGACUGAAGACGAAAUAAAUCGAGGAACAAGGGAAUUUACUGAUAUUGACGAUAUUUUUAAGUAG